AUUACUAAGUCUUUGAGUACUUCAAACUCAAGAGAUUGCAGGUUCUCUCUUAACGAACCAGCAUCAUAGGUCGUAGGAAGAAAACAUUUGAUUUCACACUACAACGCCCCAUAACCAGAUCCAUAACAGGGGACCAUAACAACUUGGUAUCAGAGACGAAUGUUAUGGGAGAUCAAAUUCAACAUCAACUGGCACAAUUGGUGAACUUAUUUCAAGAAGAACGUGCAGCCAAUAUAGUGAGACAGGAAGCACUGAAUGCUCGCUUAGAUGCACUCACAAAGGAUCUAGCGAAUUCGAAGGUUGAUUCUGAAUCAACUGAUCAUACCAGUCAGAAUCGGGGCUGGAAGGGUAAAAGUGGAGUGGCAGAAGGGUCAAAAUCAGAUGCAGGAGGAAGUUCCUUCAUUCCUAGGUAUACAAAGUUGGAUUUUCCACGGUUUACUAGCCAAGGGGACCCUUUGGGAUGGUUGAACAGAUGUGAUCACUUUUUUCGACAUCAACAGACUCCAGAUGAAGAAAAAGUUAGUCUUGCUUCUUUUCAUUUAGAGGGGAAUGCACAACUUUGGUUUCUUCAACUAGAGACAGAUCUGCCUGAACCAUCUUGGGAUGAGUUCAAACGUUAUUGUAACCUUCGUUUUGGGCCACCAAUCAGAAGUCAGAAGUUAGGAGAAUUGGCUAAGUUGCGCCAGAUUGGGUCCGUGGCAGAUUACUAAGAAAAGUUUGAGCAGUUAGUUUCCCGGGCUGGUACACUCACACAAUCGCAAAAGAUAGAACUUUAUAUUAGUGGUCUUGUGGAUUAUAUAGCAAUUGAGGUUGAGUUGCAUAAUCCUCUAGAUUUGGCUACGGCGAUGAGUUUAUCCCGGCUUUAUGAACGCAAGGGACAACCUUUUCGUUCGCAACUGUUAGAUGGUCGCAGAUCCAAAACAUCAGAUUUCUCACCUCCA